AUGGUAGAGGUUCUUUUGCUCUUCCUGAGAGGUACACGAGAGGGAAACUGGAAUCUGCACUUGGCAAGUGUCAGACGUAUGCUGCCGUGGAUAUUUGCAUAUGACCAUAUUAACUACAGCCGAUAUCUUCCAGUGUAUUGGCUGGAAAUGAAAGAUCUUCUAACCACUCAUCCAUCAGUUCAUCAGCAAGUUAUGGAAGGCCACUUCACUGUGCAAAGAAGCGAGAAUGCAUUCGCUCAAAUAGCUUGUGAUCAGACAAUUGAACAGACCGCCAAUCGCGAUUCCAAGACAAAAGGAGGGAUGACAGGUUUUACAACAAGCAAAGGAAGGGUGAACAGAUGGAUAUGGUCACACCAUGCAAGGGGAUCAAUAACAAGGGAGUGUAAGGACAUGGCUGGCAAGAGAGAAAGAGGUUCCAUCAGAACAGAUAUCCUUCCAAGCCAGAUGAAGCGGGACAAGGCAGAUGUUGAUAAAAUUGUGUAA